AGAACAUUUUUGAAAUUAAUCUAAAAAGUUCAGUUUUUGGAGGAAAUUUGCUCCUUUUCGUUUGGCCCUGAUAUGUUGUGGUAGAAAUGCUAAUGCUAAUGCUAAUGCGCGGCUCCAGGUGUUUUUCUGAUCAAAUCCCAGUCAGUAGAUGAAUGUAGGGAGACAUUUUGAAAACGGUUACGUCUGAAGUCUGGUUCUGGGUGAAAUGACCGACGGUGACCCGGGCUCACACACCGGGUCCAUUGUCAUGGCGAUGACAUCAUCACUCUGUACCAGCGGGGAAGAGCUCCGGUUCCCGCAGCUGGUGAGGGCAGCAGACCGACCUGCCUGCUGGAGGAAAACCGAACCGCUUCGAAAUGGGCGUCAACGCUGUAACCAUGGUAACGGUUCUGCUCGUCUCUUUGACCCCUUCCUUCGCCACACAAGUGGGCCUCAGCGAGAAGGUCCUGGUCUUCCCGUAUGAGACGGACUUCAGCUUCGUGGCUCUGGUCCCGCAGAAGGAGAUGGCGCUGCGGGCCUUCACGCUCUGCAUGCGGGUGGCCACCGAGCUGCCCGAGGAGCGCCAGAUCAUCCUGUUCGCCUACCGCACCGCCGACUACGACGAGCUCAACGUGUGGCGCGAGAAGGACGGCCGCGUCUCCUUCUACCUGAGCGGCGACGGCGUCUUCUUCCGCCUGCCGCCGCUCAGCACCUUCCGCACCAGCCUCUGCCUCACCUGGGAGUCGCGCUCCGGCCUGGCCGCCUUCUGGGCGGACGGCAGGCGCAGCACCUACCAGGUGUACAAGCCGGGCCACAGCGUGCGGCCCAAGGGCACCGUGCUGCUGGGCCAGGACCCGGACAAACACCUGGGCGGCCUGGAGGCCACGCAGAGCUUCGUGGGCGAGAUGACGGACGUCAACAUGUGGGACUCUGUGCUUUCUCGGAGCAUGAUCCAGGCCUGGCACUACGGACACAAAGUCCCCAAGGGGAACAUCUUCGACUGGGCCAGCCUGGAGUACGAGCUGAGCGGCAACGUGCUGGUGGUGGACGACGACUGACGCGAUGCGGAGGACCCGGUGGGCCGAGGUCCGGCUGUGGAGGGCAGCGCCGCACUGCUGCUGCUGGCGCCGGCCCUGUGGUGGUACGCAGGAGGGUCAGGGCCGGUCUGGGUGCAAUGAAAACACAUUUACACCAAAACUCAGCUUCAAAAGGCAAAAACGGACUUGGAAAACUCAGAAAUUUUAAGAUUAAUCUUAAAAAAAUGAUAGAAAAAAACAUGGAAAUUUGACUUUCAAAGGUCUUAAAAUUUGCUAGAAACCCCCCAGAAAUUUGGGAAUCGCAUCAAUUUUUAAGGAAAAACUUGAAAAUGUCUCAGUUUGAAAAGCUGAAGGUGUGCCAGAAAAAAUCUGAAUUUUUUAGAUUAAUCUCAGAAAUUUUCUAGAAAAAACACGGACACGUCUGAGUUGGAAAGUCAAAAAUCUUCUAGAAGAAUCUCAGGAAUGUUUACAGUAAUCCCAGAAUUUUUCUAGAAAAAAAAACAAGGCUGUCCUGAAAUAUUCAACAUUUUUCUACGGUAACGAAAACAGAAACAGAAAAAUUUACCAAAUUGACACAAAUAUUCUCAAAUUUAAAUUUUUCUUUGCCUUUUAGUUUUUGUAUUUCAGAUUUUCUUCACUUGGUAACUUUGAGAUCAGUUAACACAACAUAACACUUUUAAUCUGUACUUGAAUAUUCUGCUCCUUUAAUCUCCAGGUUUAUGACUAAUGACUGGAAAAGUCGUGAAACGUUUUAAACUCCAUUAAUGCUUCAUUUGUUCAAUGUUUAUCGAUUUCCUAACUUCUAAAGAGUCGUUGAUAGUAAAGGUCAGCUAAUUAUUUAGCAUCAAGCUAUAUAAUUAUUAAACUAUUUAAUUUCUACUCCAGAUCAUGGGUCACUCCUUUCUCUAAAACAGCAGCGUUAAUGGAUGGAUGGAUGUUUGGAGUUGGAAUCACUCCAAGGGCCACAAAUGGCCCCCGGGCCGCAUGUUGAACAACCCCGUUUAUUUUCUGACUUUAAAACUUGGCAGGUUAAUAAACUGUCUCUCUGAGACUAAAUACCAUCUGCUAAACUUUAAAAUCUGUUUUUAUUUUUUUAAUCUGUAAAAAAUAAAAUAAUUCCUAAAACUUUGA